AUGCACUUCUCAACAAUCAUCGCCUCAGUCGCAGCCUUGGCCCCAUUAGCCAGCGCAGUCGGCAACGCAGUCGUAACAAACCACUGCACCUACCCAGUCUACCUCUGGUCUGUCGGCGGCAGCGUAGGCCCCCAAAAGACCAUCGCCCCAGGCGGCAGCUACACAGAACCCCUGCACCACGACGCAGCCUCAGGCGGCAUCGCGCUAAAGAUCACCACCGUGCCGAACGGCCUGUACAACGGCAGUCCGCAAACCAACCUUGCCUACACUCUUGACCCCGGCACGGUUUGGUAUGACCUGUCCGAUGUCUUUGGCGACCCAUUCUCUGGCAAGACUAUGGUCGUGCGCCCUUCUGAUACGCAGUGUUCUAAGAUCUGUUGGGCGCAGGGUGUCAAUCCUGGUGGGAGCCAAACUAAGAAUUGUCAGUCUGGUUCGAGUAUCAAUUUGAAUCUUUGUGCAGCCAAGUGUUAA